GCAUGUACCUCUUGAUGCUUGUAAACAAGGUUGUUGUAUUUGUACGUAUGUAGGAAAGGGAAAAACGAAAGGCAGCUAUAAAGAAGACGUGAUGGUACAUUGCUUUGCUGGUACGAUACAAUACACGCUGACGCCGUUCAAGCGAAGCAAAUUCAGGUUUGGGGGACUGGAAGGGGGCUGCCGCCGAGCAGAGUAUUCAUUCCUUGGCAACAAGGUUAGUUCGUACUUAUAGUUAGAGUUUAGAUGGAGCACAAUACUUUCAGCUCACUAAGGCUUACAAGCAAAGCACCGCCUGACUCUCACUCAGAUCCUACCUAUAUGCCUUUCUUGCUCAAGUAGAUUAAUUAAACUGGAAGCCAAGAAAGGGUUCUCUCAGAGAGUCAGAGUAAUCCUGCUCUACAUGUAUGUCUGCUUCCUGACCUCACCUGAUGCAUCAUCAAUUCAGUCAUCUUCCUUUUUCUCUGCCAAUCUUCAUGUCUGCAUCUCUCAGCCAAUUCAAGUCUUACCAUACGUGAACACUUACUUGGUGUGUGUUCAUCUCAUCCAGUACCAUACAGCUAGCAAUGCUGGGCCAAGGCGGCGGCCGAGGUUUCUUGGACGACGUGCUCAUCGUCGGCGGCCUCCUGCUGGUGCAGUGCGUCCUCGCCGGGUACGUCGUUUUCGUCGACCACCUGCUCCGCCUCGGCGCGGACCCGCUGGCCGUCAUCGCCAUCGCCGGCGCCGCCUUCUCCGCCUUCUUCCUCCCCUUCGCCGUCGUGCUCGAGAGGAAGAAAUGGCCCUCCAAGAUUUCAAGCACUUUGAUGGCUCAAUUUGUGCUCAUUGCUCUUGCAGGAACAACUGUGUUCCAAGAACUGAUGCUCUUGGGGAUAAAGAAGACGACGCCAGCAAUCGCCUCCGCCAUGCCCAACUUAAGCCCUGGACUGAUCUUCAUCGUUGCAGCCUGUUUCAGGAUGGAGAGGUUCGACAAGGCGUGCAAGUACACGCAGGCCAAGAUCCUGGGAACACUGGUGUGCUUGGUGGGAGCCAUGGCCAUGAGCUUCCUGCAGAGGCCCCCCUCCUCUCCAGCUUCAGACCUGCAAGCUUCCCUCGCGACAAGCUCUGAAUUACAAGGGAGCAGCUACUACGACUGGAUCCUUGGUUGCUCCUACCUCUUCGUUGCGGUGAUUGUCUUAUCCUUCUACACCGUGCUGCAGGCUGUGACGUUGAUCAGCUUCCCUGCACCACUGACAAUGUGCACCAUAACGUCUGCAAUGGGGGCUGUUUUCAUCGCGAUCUUGCAAGUCUUUCUCGAGGGAAAGAUCGACAUUGGCUCACCGAGGAUCGACGCCACGCUUAUAUCAGGGAUUGUCAUACUGGGAGGGGUGUUGGUUGGAGCAUGCAUUGUGUUUCAGACAUGGUGCCUGGGCAAGAAGGGGCCGCUCUUCGUGUCAAUCUUUGGACCCGUGCAGACCGUCUGCUCUGCCAUAUUCUCUGCUGCUCUUUUCGGACAAAUGGUCAGCUUAGGAAGCUUGGCAGGUAUUGUGCUGAUGUUCAGUGGGCUGUACAUAGUUCUGUGGGCGAAGAACAACGAGAGUCUCAGCGAUCAGUUGGAAAGUGGUGGUGGUGCUGACGUUGAGAAGGCUCUCUUAUCCUAAGAACAUGUUUUUUCUGUUCUUUGGAUGGUUAGUGAUGGAUCUUUAAUGUAAAAAGGGGCAGAUUUUGGUAUACCACUAUUUCAAACAGAAGCAUGGUACACUAGUUUA